AUGUGGUGGCCGAUCCUUCCCGCUCUGCUCCUUCAUUCACAUGCAUCAUUCUAUGCCGUUGAGAAUGGACCGCAGUUAUCACAUUAUGAUAGUGAUAAGCAGAUAGCAACUCUAAUGCAUUUGUUAACGCAAACCAACAAAGGCAGGCGACAAUCUUCUUAUAAUGAUGAAUACAGCGAAUCAGAGAGUAACGUUAUGUACGACAUCAAUAUCGAAAAUGCAGAAAAUGCUCCCGUUCAAGGAACAGCUGCAAAAUUGAUAACAGCACAGAAAAAAGGACAAAGCGAAUAUGUGGGAUUCAUUGAACCGGUUUCAAACCAGAUAAAACACAGGGAGAUGUUGAAGAAAAGGGUAGAGGAUCAGCAAAUGGUUCAGCAAACUAACUUAAGACCAAUGCUUCAUCUCGGUAAUUUCCUAACUUUAGCAGUAGCAACAGCUUGCAUGUUAGCGGUGGUAAUUGGAGUCGCAACCGGCAGCUAUUACUUUUUCAAGGAUCGAUCUCAAAAAUCUCCAGCAGAUAGCUGUGACUUUACAUACGCGCCCACCGGUCCUGGAAAAAGCAGGAAAAAAAAAGGUGGUGAUGAAGGACUGGCAUACAAGGCGCAACUACACCAUUAUCAGCAAGCAAAACAGAAAAUAAUAUCAGGUGAAGAUGGCACAAUAACGCUUCCGGAUGGAUAUGAGAGCAGUGAAACAUCCGAUGACGAGAACAAUUUUUCGGUGUAUGAAUGCCCUGGUUUAGCACCAACUGGUGAUAUCGAAGUGCAGAAUCCAAAUUUCAUUUCGCGAAGCUGA